AUGGAAAACAAUCAUGGAUGUUCUCGUUUUGGGAGAAAUGACGAAGAUAUUUGUCUUGCGGAUAGUACAACUAUGCACACAAUUCUUCGAGAUAAAAAAUAUUUUGAUAAUUUACAUUUAUCAAAAGCGAAGGUAACUACCAUACUAGGUUCUGCAAACCUAAUUGACGGCUCUGGAAGAGCUCAAAUUUGGUUACCCAAUGGGACUCAAUUCACCAUUGAUAAUGCUUUGUACUCUUUGAGAUCAAGAAGAAAUUUACUUAGCUUUAAAGACAUUCGAAUGAACGAAUACCAUAUUGAAACUAGAAAGGAUCAAAAUGUGGAGUAUCUUUGCAUUACCACCAAUAUUAACAGCCAGAGGCGUAUAUUGGAAACACUUCCUGCUUUCUCUUCUGGGUGGUAUUAUACAACCAUCAAAGCAGUUGAAGUCCAUGCUAUCAUGGACCAGAAGUUCAUUGACCCAAAGACUUUCAUGCUUUGGCAUGAUCGUCUUGGGCAUCCUGGAUCCACAAUGAUGCGUAGGAUUAUUUCAAAUUCAAAUGGACAUCCUUUAAAGCCUCACCAUAGUACUUUGUCCAUUGACCAGUCUUGCAAAGCUUGCUCCCAAGGGAAAUUGAUCAUCAGACCACCUCCGUCAAAACUUGGCUUUGAAUGUCCAUCUUUCUUACAGAGAAUUCAAGGGGAUAUUUGUUGGCCAUUUCACCCAUCUUGUGGACCAUUUCGUUAUUUUAUGAUUUUAAUUGAUGCAUCUAUAAGAUGGUCACACGUUUGUCUAUUGUCAACUCGCAAUGUUGCUUUUGCUAGGCUCCUUGCUCAGAUAAUUAAAUUACGAGCACAAUUCCCUGAUUAUCCAAUAAAGUCAAUUCAACUUGAUAACGCUGGUGAGUUUACCUCCCAAACUUUUGAUGCCUAUUGCAUGUCACUUGGGAUUGAUGUUGAGCACCCAGUUCCCCACGUUCAUACUCAAAAUGGAUUAGCAGAAGCUUUUAUCAAGCGUCUCCAGUUUAUUGCUCGCACUUUGCUAUUGAAGACAAAGUUGCCAACUUCUGCUUGGAGAUAUGCAAUUUUACAUGGAGCAACUUUAGUUCGCUUGAGGCCCGUUGCCCAACACCAAUUCUCCCCUUUACAACUUGCCUUUGGGAGACAACCCAAUAUAUCACAUUUAAGGGUUUUUGGUUGUGCAGUUUAUGUGCCAAUUGCAGCCCUACAACGCACUAAAAUGGGUCCUCAACAUCGAUUGGGAAUAUACAUUGGUUUUGAUUCACCAACUAUCAUUCGCUAUCUCAAACCUAUAACAGGAGAUACUUUUACAGCACGCUUUGCAGAUUGUCACUAUGAUGAGACAUUCUUCCCGCCGUUAAGGGGAGAAAAGACCGUUCCUGAAGAACGACGUGAAUUAGGUUGGAACAUAUCCAUUAUGUCUCAUCUUAACCCUUGUACAACUCAAAGUGAAAAUGAAGUACGAAAGAUUGUCCACCUUCAGCAAAUUGCUAAUAAAAUGCUAGAUGCAUUCACUGACAUAGGAAAAGUGACAAAAUCACAUAUACCUGCAGCAAAUACACCAGUAAGGAUUGAUAUCCCAAUCGGAUUAACCAAUGUUGCAGCAAAUGAAUCAUCUACUGCACGCUUGAAGCGAGGUAGACUCGUUGGUUCGAAGGACUCAGCUCCUAGAAAGCGAAAAUCGAAAGCAUAUUCCAACCCCAAUGAAAACGCUCAUGAAGAUAUUAUUGGGAAAGAGAUUGACCUUGAACCUACAAUUCAUCUAGAGAGUGAAAGUGUCAUUGAAAAGAUACAAGCCACUGAAGAGGAAAAGAUACCUAAUACAGAAAUUUCUGUAAAUUUCGUAUGUAAUGAUGAAUUGUGGGACCGUAGUGAAAUGGUUAUCGAUGAUAUUUUUUAUUUCGCAGUAGCUACUGAAAUUAUAAAAGGUCAUGAAGAUAUUGAACCACAAUAUGUUGAUGAACGCAAAGAGAGGCCCGAUUGGCCAAAGUGGAAAGACGCAAUCCAAGCUGAGUUAAAUUCCUUGGAAAAACAUGGUGUAUUCGGACAUGUGGUUCAAACACCACAAGGUGUAAAACUUGUGGGAUAUAAAUGGGUGUUCACAAGAAAGCAUAAUGAGAAAAAUGAGAUUGCAAGGUAUAAGGCAUGA